AUGACGAGGGAAGCCCCUUUUCGAGCAGUCUACAAGACCAUAGGUCAACAAGAAAUCGAUGUGGAUGUCUACCUGCCUCCGCCAGCGGAGUCUAAGGCACCUCAUCCGGUUGUCAUCAAUAUUCAUGGAGGUGCCUUCAUGCUCGGCUCAUCGAAGAUGGUCAACAGAGACCAAAUAGAUGAUUGUCUCGGCAGAGGAUGGAUUGUCCUGGCCCCGAACCAUCGCCUCUGCCCUCAGGUGACUCUUCUUGAUGGUCCGAUGAAGGACUGCCGUGACCUUCUCGGCUGGGUGUACGACGGUGGUCUCCAAAAGGCCAUUGAUGCUCAAGCCAAGGAGUAUUAUGCGGUUGAUACUGACCAUGUGUUUGCAUUUGGUACAUCAUCUGGAGGUACUUUGUCUCUAGCUCUGGGGUUUGGCGUCCCCCGUCCUGUUGCAGGAAUCUACGACAUGUAUGGUCCUAGCAACUUCACUGCCCCUUUUUGGACGCAGAAGUUACCGCAUGUUGCGGCUCGACUUCCGCCAGGUCUCUCUGAAGAGUUUCUGAACAAAGUAUUCGAUGAGGACCCAGUGCCAAUUGAGGGAGGCGUAUCACUCGAAGGCCAGGCUCCGGGUCCUCCGAACUUCGACGACCCGAGACAGGCGUUUGCCAUGACGCAAAUUGCCAACGGCAACGUCAUGAACACGAUUGUUCCAUCACAAAACUGGGACGAGGUUGACCCCAUUAGAAACAUCAGCUCUUCCUUUCCGCCGACAUUCAUCGUGCACGGCCAAGCGGACACCAUGGUCUCCAUUGAUUUGAGCAGGGACUUGCUGAAAGUUUUGAAAGAGAAAGGGGUCAAGUCUGAGUUGAGGGAAAUUCCGGGAGAAGAGCAUACGUUUGCUGCAAAGAUGAAGGUCGGGUCGCAGACGUGGAAUCUCCAGCGGGAGGGAUUUGAUUUCUUGGAGAGUUUGAUCAAAUGA